ACGCACUGUGUGCGCGCCCGGCGGCCAUCGGCUCAAUGCGGAAGUGGCCGGGAUGGAGAGCGCUGUUUUGGCGAGGCUAGCGCUGCAGUUUGCUCCCUUCAGCAGCGCUUUGGAUGCAGGCUUCUGGCACGAGCUCACCCAGAAGAAGCUGAAUGAUUACAGACUGGACGAGAGUCCCCGGAACAUAAGGGGCUCUUACUAUAACGGUGAUCCUGCUGGACUGCCAACUCGACUAACUUUGGAGUUCAGUGCAUUUGAUGUGAAUGCUGUGACCCCACCUCGGUGUUGCCCUGCUUUCGGCACUCUGUAUAAUACCAAUACAUUACAGUCAUUUAAAUCCACUGAUAAGAAGGCUUUGCUGGAACAACUGGGAAAGGAGAUUUGGGACACUAUAAGAUCCGGCAGAGCAAUUGAGGAUCCUUCUUUGUUGAACACUUUUCUUUUGCUGACUUUUGCAGAUUUAAAGAAAUAUCAUUUCUACUACUGGUUUGCUUUUCCAGCAUUGUGCUUCACUGAAGGGAUACCCAUAGUUCAGCAACCAGUCAGCUUGGCAGAAAAAUUCUCCACAUGUCAGAUCCAUACAUUACAAGAUGCUUACAAUGAACUUUGCCAAAAGGAGGAAGUUACAGCCGUUCCUUAUUUUCUGGUCAAGUACAGGGAAGAUUCUGUUUCGUUGGCAUCUUUGAGGAACUGGAAUGAAUUUUUCAAAGGCCAGACCAAGGUCACGGUUGGUGUCUAUGAUCCUUGUACAUUAACCCAGUAUCCAGGGUGGCCUCUGCGAAACUUCCUGAUCCUGAUAGCCUACAACUGGGGCAGCUUUCUGGACACACUCGAAGUUCUCUGCUUCAGAGACCGAACUAUGCAAGGGGUCAGGGACACCCAGCACAGCAUCAUCUUUGAAGUAAAACUUCCACAAAUAGCAUCAGUUACAGAUUGUCCAAAGUGUGUCGGUUGGGAGAAAAACCAGAAAGGAAGCUUGGGUCCAAGGAUGGUCAAUCUCAGUGAAUGUAUGGAUCCAAAGAGACUGGCUGAGUCAUCGGUUGAUCUCAAUCUUAAAUUAAUGCGUUGGCGUCUGGUACCAACCCUUGGCUUGGAGAAUGUUGUGACCACUCGGUGCUUGCUGCUUGGAGCUGGGACUCUGGGCUGCAAUGUAGCACGGACCCUAAUGGGCUGGGGAGUAAGGCAGAUCACCUUUGUAGACAAUGCAAAGGUGUCCUAUUCUAACCCUGUGCGUCAGUCAUUAUAUGAGUUUGAAGAUUGUCUCGAUGGUGGGAAACCUAAAGCAUUAGCUGCUGUGGAGAAACUCCAAAAAAUCUUCCCAGGCGUGAAAGUGGAAGGAUUUAACCUAAGCAUACCAAUGCCAGGUCACCCGGUGAAUUUUUCUGCAGUGACAAUGCAACAGGCUCGGAAAGACGUUGAACAACUGGAGAAGCUCAUUUGCUCACAUGAUGUGAUCUUCUUGCUGAUGGACACUCGUGAGAGUCGCUGGCUUCCCACAGUCAUUGCAGCCAGUCAGCGAAAGUUAGUUAUUAAUGCCGCUUUGGGCUUUGAUACCUUUGUCGUGAUGAGACAUGGCCUGAAAAAGCCGAAACAGGAGUCUGGAGAACCAGCUACAGUUGCUGCCACCAUCAAUCCCACUUUGGCAGGCUGUUCGCUCUUCUCAAACAUUCCUGGCCACAAACUGGGCUGCUACUUCUGUAAUGAUGUUGUAGCACCUGGAGAUUCAACCAGAGACCGCACUCUAGACCAGCAGUGCACUGUAAGUCGCCCUGGUUUGGCCAUGAUAGCUGGAGCGCUUGCUGUCGAGUUGAUGGUUUCCAUACUGCAACAUGCUGAGGGUGGAUAUGCAGUAGCCAGCAGCAGUGAUGACCGGCUAAAUGAGCCUCCGACAUCUCUUGGACUUGUCCCUCAUCAGAUCCGUGGCUUUUUGUCGAGGUUUGACAAUGUCCUUCCAGCAAGUUUAGCAUUUGACAAGUGCACAGCAUGCUCACCAGUGGUCCUUGAUCACUUUGAAAAAGAUGGUUUUCAGUUCCUAGCUAAUGUAUUCAACUCCUCUCAUUCUUUCCUGGAAGAUCUUACUGGACUGACUCUUCUGCAUCAAGAGACACAGGCUGCUGAGUAACUCAUCAAGGUGGCUUUUCAUCAUAACUAUAUGGGAUAUGAGUGAUGAUGAAAGCUUCUGAAAAACAGUCUUUGUAACCCAAAAGGAAGAUGUUUGACACUCGUUGGUGAAUUGAAGAACUAAUCCAAGAGCUCCUUCCAGCACGUUUUAUAAUCCUGAAGUGCAUUAACAGCCAUCCUGGUGUAGGUCAAGGAUUCUUUGUGAUUUUCAUUAUAGUAUUCAGCUUAUUUAAGAAGCAUUUUGUCUUUAAGAAAUAAAUAUAUCCUAAUGCAUUUUUGGAAUUGUAAACGUGCAAAUGGCAUGGUUAUUUCAUCCAGAUCACAACUCUGGAGAUUAUCAUCAAAAUAUCAGCGAUCAUUGCAAUAAUCCUAAACUUUCUGAACUGAAUGCUAUAUAUAUUUGAGUUCUGUUUGUUUAUUUACAGACAGCAUGGCUGAGGAUAUUUCAUUUAACCCACACAGCUCAAACAUGAACUCUUUGUUGAAGUUGUUUUAGCUCUUUAAAAAAAAACUUAUACAGUUCCAGUAUCUCCAAUCAAUUUUGACUCAAUUUGUUCCCAAAGCAAAAGUGUUUUGUUUAAUCAGGUUCGGUGCAAACCAGUGGUUUACAUGGUCAUGAAUUUUAAUUAAAUAUGAAGUUUAUCGUUUGAACUACUGACUUUGCUUCCAUUUAAAUGUUUUUUUUAUACUGAAUUGAAGUCUGUUUCCUGUCCUACAAUUCUUUAUGCCUGAAGCAGCUGUAUUGUGUACAUACUGGUGUAAUCUGCAUGCAACACUUGCUGUCUUUUACACUAAUUAAAAAUGACAUAUUAAUGUUCACACUAUUAAA